UCCCCAGUAUCAGUUUAUUCAGAAACACGCAUACGAAAACGUGGUAUCUACAAGAAGCCAAAAACGAUAAACUUGUGAAAGCUACAAAACCAAUUAUUCAACAGUGAAAAAAUAAGUUAUAAUCAGUUAACAAGUGUUCUGUGCAAACGAAGAAAAUGUCCCUAAUUCCGAUUGUGUUCCGUGACUGGUGGGAUGACUGCUGGGAUACUCCUUUGCGUACAUCCCAACUUUUGGACCAGCAUUUUGGCAGUGAAAUCAGUGCAGAUGAUUUGCUGACUGCACUCACCACGGCAGCUGCUGCUCAGUCUGCAUUGCAGAACCAGAGACGCUCUCGCUAUAACAGACCUUGGCGCAAUUCUAGUCUCGCUGCUCGUCAGGAUUCCGGAUCAACGGUCAAGGUAUCCGACGACAAGUUCCAAAUCAACCUGGACGUUCAGCAGUUCGCCCCGGAAGAGAUCUCUGUCAAGGCUACAGACAACAGUGUUAUCGUCGAGGGCAAACACGAAGAGAAAAAAGAUGAACAUGGAUACAUUUCGAGACAAUUCGUUCGUCGCUACGUGCUUCCAGAAGGACAUGAUGCCAACCAGAUUGUCUCGUCGCUCUCAUCGGAUGGCAUUUUGACGGUUACUGCUCCGAAGAAGGCCUUGCCGGAGCCAGAAGGACCAAAGGCGAUUCCGAUCGUCCAGACAGGGCAACCAGCUAAGAACCUUCAAGUUGUCGAGAAAAAGGCCAAUGAGAAAUGAAAAUAAGUAUUUUUGAGUUCUGUUGCCAUAUAACUACCUCACUUUUCAAUAUGAUUUGCUUAUAAAAUAGUAACAAAAUGUUCCUGAAGUUUACCAAAUAGUAAGUUAAUAAAUUGAUCUUGAUUGAU